GCCUGUGGAAGUGUGGUUAGGAUAUGUGUGAAUAGGCCUACAGAACACUAGAAAAGACAAUGAUCGGUUUUGUAAAUAUUUCUAUCGGCAAUAACGACUCAGUGGGUGUUUCAUUUUCGGUGGACUUGAUCGUUAUUCCUGGAUGGAUUACAUUAUUGUUUGCAUAGCCUACGUCUACAAUGACACUGUCAAGUCAAUAUAGUCUUAGGCAAUUUCUGGACGAAAUACUAUACAGUUCUGUCAUAUGUACCCAUAGAGAACGUGUGAGUGAAGGGGACCGGCCGGUGGACGGACUGGGUCAUGUGGAGGUGCAUGGGGACGCCGCGCUACUGCCCUCGGAAUGGCGCAGCGCUGUGCGCGGCUGCUGCCCUUCUUUUUGUUGCUCCUGGGAUAUGCCAUGGCGGGUCUCAGCAUCUGGCCAUCGCUCCACAUUGCCCUGAGCAACGCCAGCGUGUUUGUUGACUUCAUCACGGCGUGCAACAGCAGCUCUGUCUGCAACACCACCCUCUCCCUGGUCGACACGGAAACCAACUCUACCCUGCUGACCAGAACCCUCCCAGGGGACCAAUCAGUGGGCAGAGUGGAGUUCAACUGCUCCUAUUUCCUGUACGCCGGCAUAUUCCGCUUCCAUCUGAAGCAGACAGCCAAAGCAGUCCAUUCCCAUGGUUCAGAAACCACCCAUAGCACCUCCUGGUGGUGCAGCUCUGAACUGCAUGUGCAGUGGCCUACCUUCCACAUCGGCAUAGAACGGCUUGCAAACCAUUCUGGAUCCUUCCAGGUGGGGAUAUCCACCAAUGAACACUUCCAGGGAUGCUCAGGUGACCACAGCGCCGCCCUCUCCCUCGAGGUCAGCUACAUGGAGUACAACCAGAUUGGGCGAAACAGCAUUGACAAGGUCCGUGUGCGGACGCACCACCCAAUCAGAGCGCUGCGCUCCCAGAGUGUGGAGCUGCCCUGCGCGUUCCCCUUCACGGAGAAGGACUUCGUGCGCGUGGCUCUGCGCUCGCCCCACACCAGCCAGGAGGUGAAGAGCUCCGGUCCGCUCUACCUUUCCCGGAUCUUCUCCUACAAGCUGCAGGUGGAUGACGCCAGCAUCUACCGCACCGGCUGCGACGGGACCAUGACCGUGAGGCUCCUCGCCCCCCCUUGUGCCGCCGUCAACGGGAAGGUGCAGCUGUUCCGGUACGCUGCUGCUGCUGGGCCUGGAGGUGGAGAGGUUGGUGGAGGUGGUGGUGGUUCUGGUGGCUCCACCAUGGCCGGUUCCCCCGGGUUGGUUCCGUCACUCAGGACACCCCUGCUGGGGUUUGGACCGCAGGACGAGCCCUUUGCCCCAAAGGCACUGCUGGCCUUCAACUGGCUGACCCACGGGGAGAACCAAACAGAGUUUAACUGCUCCGUGUUUCAGCCCGGGAAGAACAAAUACUGCUUCCGUUUUGUCUUCAACUACAGCCGUUUGCCCAGCCCAGCACAGACCUGUCUGGUGGUCCACAGAAGUGUAGAGUCCUGGGGGCCGUGGGAGCCUUGGAGUCCCUGCAGUGUGAGCUGUGGAGAAGGACUCAGGGAGCGUGUCCGCCAGUGCCUGUCGCUGCAGGGCGUAGUGGGAGUACGGUGCCCGGGCAUGGGCACGGAGCAGUCCCCCUGCUCCCUGGAGGACUGCAUGGUGACGGCCACCCCCUCUCCUUCCCCGCCUGGGGUGCCCGCGGGAGCCACAGUCCUGGGCGGGAACCUGAUGUUGGUGACCGGCAUCUCCCUCUGCCUGGCUGUCAUCCUGGCCACUCUCCUCUUCACGGCCUGGAGGAAGCUGUGCCGGGCCCCUCCCUGCAGCUCUGUGCGCCAAGGGUCCAUGCACUCCACCGGGGGGGGACGCAAGCUCUCUGACGAAGCCUCCAUCUUCGGGAACAGCCUCCAGAGACCCACCCUGAUGGAGGCGCCGGGGCUACAGGGCAAGCUUCUGUCGCUGCCCCUGGUCCUCGCUCUUCCUCCAGACCCAGACAGGCUGUCUCCCUCUGGACAGAAAAUGGUGCCCCCUGUGUUCGGCUACCGGCUGGCCCAGCAGCAGCUGAAGGAAAUGAAGAAACAGGGUCUGACGGAGGCCACCCAGGUCUACCACGUCUCCUCCAGCCCGGUGGACGACAAUAUGCUAAGCACCACCGCCUCGCCCACCGCCACCUUGACUUCCACCCCGACAGGGCUCCACCUGCCUCCGCCUCCUCUUCCACCACCCGCCAGCCCGGGCAUUCAGGAACAUCACUACCAGCACCAAGCUGCCGAGCGGAGACUCAGUCCCAGGGAGGAGCUCCGUCUGGGGCCCCCUCUCCCUGGAUAUGGAGGAGGAGGAGGAGGAGGGACUUCCAGGAGACAAGAGCGCACCGCCGACUGGGUGGAGAUGGUGGAGAGGAGCGGGAUGGGCAGGGGAGGAGGCGUGGAAGCGGGGAACUCCUCCUCCCCGGUCAACCCUCAUUUCCGCAGGACGUGUAGUUUUACGGACGCCAAAUCGCAGCCUGCAGCGUUGGCAGGCUCAAGGGCCUUCAGGGAGCGAAGCAUGACCCAGGUGGCCUCCAGGACCCUUCCAGAAGGAAGCUGUAGGGCCAGAGGCGUCCGCGAGGGCCAGCCGUACCCAGCCUUCCCUUCCUAUCCAAUCCCAGAGCUUGGGCCGUUCGACUGGGGACCCUCCACCCCAAAGAGGACCUGGCUGGAGGCCGCUGCUCCUGGUCUCAGCCUCUCUCCACAGCCCUUAGGGAUCCGCCCACAAGACAGGCACAAUACAGCUCUGCUCAAUGGCACUGUGGAAAGAGACAGGCUUGAAACGUUGGGGUGUGGGCCUCUGAGCAGGGGUGGUCCCCCGCAACGAGGAUGCCCCCGCAACGGAGCCCUUUGUCCCCCUUGGAGUGCCAACCAGCUGGCCCUGGAGAGGGCAGAGCGGGCGGAGCAAUGCUGGUCCCGACGCGGUCCCUCGCCCAUCCAGAGGAACAUCCUGGCCCGCAGGCUCAAAGAGGCUCAGGCCUGCUCUGGGGCCCCAGGGGGCCCUGGUGGGAGGCAGCGCAGCGCAACCUUCAGCGCCUCAACAGAGGAGCAGAGGAAAGGCCGCUGCCACUCUCUACCCAUGUCUGGCUCCCCCUACAGGCUGAGUGAUGCAGAGCAGAGGAUGAUGGACCUUGAUCUGCCCUCCACUUGAAGACUAAACAUCACCAUGAAGAGCUUUUUACCCUUUUACUUCUAAUUAUGUACAAAUAAAAUAGUUUUUUACUCAUU